CAAAAACUCUCGGCGUAACAUGGAAUGCACGCAACGAUGAAUUCUCAUACUCUAUUGACCCCCUGCCAGACUCCACAGCAGCCACUAAAAGACAGAUUUUGUCCUCCGUGGCGAAACUUUUCGACCCGGCAGGGUGGCUAUCGCCAAUGAUGAUCCAGGCGAAAAUCUUACUCCAACAACUCUGGAUGGAAGGUACCGAUUGGGACGAGAACGUCAAACCCGGAGCGCUUCGCAAGUGGACUUCAUUUCGAGAAAACCUCAUAGCCAUCAGCGAAAUACGGAUACCGCGAUGGGUUCAGUUUUCCCCUAAUAAAACCAUUCAGCUCCAUGGAUUCUCAGACGCAUCCGAAAAAGCAUUCUGCGCAUGCGUUUAUCUCCGAGUGGAACACUGUGAAAACUCGGCAUCAUCUCAUUUGCUCGUAGCAAAAAGUAAAGUCGCACCCCUCCAAACAGUGAGUCUGCCUCGCUUGGAACUGUGUGGAGCGGUCCUUCUCUCCAAACUUGUGAAGCAUAUUCGAUCCCAACUUAAUCUGCCGACCCAUGAGCUCAUACUCUGGUCAGACUCCUCUAUCGUGCUGGCCUGGCUAGAAAAACCACCAUGGACAUGGAAGACAUAUGUGGCGAACCGAACUUCCCUCAUCUUGCAGAAUGUCAAUAACGCCACAUGGAGACACGUAUCGAGCUUAGACAAUCCCGCAGAUUUAGGCACUCGAGGAUGCAAGCCACAAGAUCUAGCGUCAUGUUCCCUAUGGUGGAAUGGCCCUCAGUGGCUCACCAAACCCUCAGCGAGCUGGCCAAAGAAUGCGCCUCAAACGCUCUUUCCCCCUGAACAAAAAUCUGUGGAAUCUUAUCACACAAUAGAGAACGAAGACCCUCUCACUCGAUUCUCGUCAUUUCCUCGCGCCCUUAGGGUAAUCGCUUACGUGUAUCGGUUCAUCCGCAGCGCACGAAAGGAACCAAUACCCACGACGCACACACUCACCCAGGACGAAAUCAGUUACGUCAAAACCCGGCUCAUCAUAUGCGCCCAACACAAUCAUUACGCAGAGGCGGUCGCACAACUGGAAGCCGCGAAACCGAUUUUCUCCACACAACUCUACUCCACGCGGGAAAACAGCUCAUGGUCCGGAUGGUACAACAAGAGUAUUACGUCCCAAGACUUAAGCAGAAAGUUAAAAAAUGCAUUUUCCACUGCAAGGUGUGCACCAUACACAAGCGAGAAAUGCGAUCGCAGAUAAUGGCGGCCUUGCCUCCAGCACGAGCAACCUACUCGCUACCAUUUCACACCACGGGAAUAGACUUCGCGGGCCCAUUCCUGGUGAAAACUUCUUUACUGCGUCGCGCCUCACACACAAAAGCAUAUGUAUGCGUGUUUGUCUGCUUCUCCACCAAAGCCAUACAUCUAGAACUCUGCUCAGACCUGACAAUAGAAGCCUUCAAGGCCUGCUUUGCCAGAUUCGUUGGUCGACGUGGUCUCCCCCAUAAAAUCAUGUCGGACAACGGGAAAACUUUCGUAGGCGCUCAAAGGUCAAUCCACCGAGAACUUUCCACUUUUCUUAAGGAAGCCGCCUCAGAUAUCGCUGAAAAAUAUAUCGUUCAUGGCCUCUCCUGGCAAUUUAUACCACCAUACGCUCCUCAUAUGGGAGGCCUGUGGGAAGCAGCGGUUAAAAGUUUUAAGACGCACUUCAACAAAGUCGCGGGGAAUCACAAAUUCACGUUUGAAGAAUUCACCACACUGCUCAUACGAAUCGAAGCGGUACUCAAUUCCAGACCGCUGUCGCCUUUGUCUCAAGAUCCUAGCGAUUUACAGCCUCUUACUCCCGGUCACUUCUUAAGAGGAGCACCACUUGUCUCUCUGCCAGAACCUAACGCAGAAAACCUGUCUCUUCCAAACAAGUGGCAGAAGCUCAAGGUACUUCACCAUCAAUUCAGCACCCGAUGGAAAACUGAAUAUUUGCAAGAGCUACACAAACGGCAUAAGUGGAAAGGCAAAGAACCCAAUAUCGCAGUGGAAGACCUCGUCGUCAUCAAAGAAGACAACCUCCCACCAAAUGAUUGGCGCCUCGGACGUAUUGUUAAGCUCUAUCCCGGUCCCGACCAAAACGUUCGCGUGGCUGACAUCCGUACCCAAAAGGGAAUUAUAACACGCAACAUCGCAAAAUUAUGCUUGUUACCACCUCCACCCAGCACAAUGGAUGCUUAA